UAUUUGUCUGUGAUUACGAACUUGAAAAUAAUUUCUUGUCCAAAUUGAAUCAACUAUUUGUUUAUUCUAAUCUUUGAUUGUAUAACUUGGAUAUUGGAUCACUAUCGCUGAUGUUGGCAUAUCUACAGCGUAGUCUAAUCUUUAGGCCAUCUCUCCCGUCUCUAGUUCUAUUAUAUCACUUCUGCAUGAAAUUUCAGGAUUUAAUUUGAUUGGAUUUUAAACCAUUAUCAUUAUCAUACGUAGCACUAUUUUCCGUAAAUCAAGGAUUCUCUGAAUCAUUAAAAUUGAAGGUAUGACCUUCAAGUUUUUUGAAGUACCCACUUGAAAAUUAUCGUUUCAAUUUUACACAUUAUAUGUAUACAAUCAUUUCACACUUAGAAUUCAUUCAGUUAUCAAAUAGAAUUGAAAAUGAAGGGUAAAGCCGUAUAUGCAGUUUGCAUGGUUUUAUUAGGCUGCGGCCUGAAUAAUGUAUUUUUGGAAUAUAUCAUAAAAUUAGAUCCAGGAGCAGGACAUUUGAUUACAUUUUUACAGUUCUUGUUCAUAGCAGUCCAUGGUUUUAUAUUUACAUCUAAGUGUGGUACGGCUCCACCGAAAAUUCCGAUUAAAUUAUAUAUGCUUUUAGUUGUUAUGCUCUUCACUACAAGUGUUGUUAAUAAUUGGGCAUUUGCCUUUAAUAUACCAGUUCCAUUACAUAUGAUUUUCAGAGCAGGAUCUUUAAUUGCUAAUUUAAUAAUGGGUGUUAUUGUUUUAAAGAAGAGGUAUACAAUGGACAAAUAUAUUUCUGUGAUCAUGAUAACUUUAGGAAUCAUAAUAUGUACUCUAGCAACGGGUAAUAAAAAACCAAAAACUCCAUGUGUUGAUUGUGAUACAAACAUACCUAUAACUUCAGAUAGUGCAGAAGAUUCUGCAUAUUUUUUUUGGUGGGUACUAGGAAUUGUGCUCUUGACUACUGCUCUACUAUUGUCAGCUCGAAUGGGUAUUUAUCAAGAGACUUUGUAUAAAACUCAUGGAAAAUUUCCAAGUGAAGCCUUAUAUUAUACACAUCUCUUUUCUUUGCCUGGAUUCAUUUUAUAUGGAAGUAGCAUAUUGGAGCAUGCUUCUAUUGCGAAUAACUCGGAAUCAGUUCAAAUUCCUCUCCUUGAAAUAGGAAUGCCAAUACUUUGGGUAUUUCUAAUCUUCAACGUUAUAACUCAGUAUUUCUGUAUAAGUUCAGUUUAUAUUCUAACAACUGAAUGUACUUCAUUGACAGUUACUCUUGUUCUAACCUUGAGGAAAUUUAUGUCUCUGGUGAUAUCAAUUGUAUAUUUCAAGAAUCCUUUUACGUUGUACCACUGGUUUGGUACUCUCCUUGUUUUUGCAGGUACAUUGAUUUUCACAGAACUAAUCUCCUUAAAAAGGUCAGGUAGUGUAAAAGUAAAAAAGAAUUGAUUAUCCAAUUUUGGGCUCUGAACACAUUUAAGUGAUUUUAUAUUUUGAAUGAAUAAUUAUCAAUAGAAAAAACUCAAAAGUGGAUUUUUGAUAUUACUACCUCAGAAGUUACAGUUUGCAUGUUGUGUUUUGAUUAUCGUUGACUAAAUUGAAAUGUUUGUAUGUGUUACAUGUUCUCUGACUAUUGUCAGCAGAUGUAUUACUUUAUUGUGAAGUUGUUAAAAAAAAAUAUAUAUAUAUUUUUGCUGAA